UGGUUCUGUGGUUGUAGCCUCAAUCGUGAAGCGUACAGCACUGUUACACAGUCUGUUUAUAUGUUCUUAUCUAUUUAUUUUUUCUGUGUUGUGUGUGUAUUCAGAUAAAUAUAGAAAAUUUAAGUCGAGAGGAGCCAAAAUGAUGAAAAGAGAAGGGAAGCAGACCGACGAAGCCCUGGAAAACUAUCUGGAAGACGAAGUGGUGCAAGAGGUGCUUAAAACUGGCACUGACUUAAGGCAGUAUUCGAAGCAGAUCGAAAAGCAGUUGAAAGAGGUGGAGAACAAGUCGAUUCAAGAUUAUAUCAAAGAGAGCCAAAACAUAGUCAGCCUGCACAAUCAGAUUGUGGACUGCGACAACAUACUCGAGAGGAUGGAAUCGAUGCUUCUCAACUUUCAAACAGACCUUGGCAGCAUCAGUUCUGAGAUAGUGAGCCUGCAAAAGCGAUCGAUAGAAAUGCGCCAGCAACUCCACAACCGCCAGGCGGUCAGGGGACAGCUGAGCCAAUUUAUUGAAGAUAUCGUAAUACCAGAAUCUCUAAUUAUCGGUAUUUUAGAAGAUCCAGUAACUGACAAAGAUUUCAUCUCACACCUUUUGAGCCUUAAUCAUAAAAUCAGUUUUGUCAAGGAGCAAAGCGGAAAAGAUGUUAAAUGUUGUCAGGACGUCAGAGAGACACUGGAAAAUCUCAAAAUCAAAGCUGUAACUAAAAUAAGAGCAUACCUCCUUGAACAGAUAUCCAAGUUUCGCAAGCCGAUGGCUAAUUAUCAAAUACCUCAAAAUGCUAUGCUAAAAUACAAGUUCUUUUAUGAGUUUGUACUAACAAACGAAAGGGAAGUUGCUAGAGAAAUAUGUGAGGAGUACACGGAUACAAUGUCUAAAAUUUAUUACUCAUAUUUUAAAUCAUACUCAUCACUACUUAGUAAAUUAGUGUAUGAGAAUGCUGCUACGAAGGAUGACCUAAUGGGAAUCGAGGAAACAGGCUCUCGGGGUCUUUUUCACAAGUCAUCACUUAAACAGAAGAGCACGGUGUUCACAAUAGGGAACCGUGCCGAGGUUCUAACCAGUCAGUUCGAUGCACCUAUAAUUAUCCCGCAUUCGGCUCAAAAAGCAGACCAGAGGUUCCCUUAUGAAGCGCUAUUCCGGAGCGAGCAAUAUGCUCUUGUCGACAACGCUUGCCGGGAGUUUCUGUUUAUCUGUGACUUCUUCAUAGUAAAGGGCUCUAAGGCUAUGGAUUUAUUCUCUAGAAUAAUGGGGAAAACUAUGAGUUUAUUAGAGAAAAAUUUGGAGACGUAUGUCAACACAUCCUAUGACACAAUUUCUCUUUUCCUUUGUGUACAAUUAGUUCUCAGAUACCAAAUGUUAUGUCAUAAAAGAGCUGUGCCAGCAUUGGAUGAUUAUUGGGACUCGCUUCAGAGCAUAAUUUGGCCCAGGUUUGAGCAUGUUUUCCGAUUAAAUAUCAAAAGUAUAAAAGAUUGUGAGACAUCAAAGUUUGGAAAGGAAAUGAAACCUCAUUAUAUUGCUCGAAGAUAUGCCGAAUUCAGCGGGGCAAUAGUCAGCAUAAGUGAGACAUUUCCAAAUGAAUUGGUGAGCAGGCUCCUCGCCCAGCUCUUAGAGGAAGUACAGCUUUUCUUACUGAGUAUGGCAGGAAUAUUUGACCUGAGGUCCCAGCAGCUUGUUUUUCUAAUCAACAACUAUGACAUGAUCUUGGGAAUUCUUAUGGAAAGAACGAGAGAGAAUUGCAAAGAGGUGGAAUGUAUUAAAGAACUACUCCAACAAAGGAGCAACGAGUACGUCGAAGAAGUAUUAUCACCUCAUUUUGGUGACAUGAUUCAGUUUGUGAAGGAGGUCGAGCCCCAUCAGGACAACCCUGAAGUGCUUAAAAAAUAUGAAGAUAAAUCUCGGGCUGUGGUUCAGUCUUUUUGCAAUACCUGGAAAAAUUCCUUAGAUUUACUGAACCAGGAAAUAAUAACGUCAUUUUCUAUUCUACCCACUGGGUCGACACUUCUCCAGCUUGCACUCGGACACUUGCUGCAGUACCAUGAACGUUUCCAUAAGCUACUGACCCCAAAUGUCCGGUCACAACUUGUAAAUAUCCACAAUAUAAAAAUGGUAAUAAAGAAAUAUAAAACUAGCUAUUCAUAAUUAUGAAUACGGUUGUAAAUAUUUUUGA